UUAUACCCAGUCAGCUUCACAAGUCUUCAUUCAUAUUUCUGACUAUUCUACCGAUCACAGAUCGAACCGGACCUGCAGUAGCUUAGAGACCGUGAAAGAGGGUCUGAAGUCCGGAUCGAUGAGCUUUACGUUGAUCCGGUAACGUGUGUAACGUGUGUAACGUGUGUAACGGGUGUAACGUCCUCCGUGUUUGUCAGUGAUAAAGGCUGCUGGUUCACUCAGCGUGGGCCGACAUGAGUCGGCGAUGUUUCAGGGUUUCCGCACUGCGAGCUUUAACCGACACAGACGCGUUAAAGCGCAACAGAUGUAGCGCAGUCCGGCGUGACGCUCCUAACGGACAGCACGGAACCAUAGAACCGGGUCCGGACUGGACCUGAACGAGCCUUUGUAGGGGUGCUGGAUGUCCGCCGAAGAGAGAAACACAUCCACUGUCUCCGUUACAUGUGGGAUGUUCACGGAUUGUUACAUUCUUAGUCCCGUUAAACAGUGAAAACGUUCAGUAACGAGACUUUAGGACCGAGUCCGGUGUGACUGGAGUGUUUUAACGGCCUGAGAGGAACAGAUCCUCCGGUAACUACGAAGGUUUGUUUCUUAUGCACAAUCUGCUUCAAGGUUGUUGAGAGAGACAGAGAGAGGAUCUGGGUCGGGAUCGGAUCACCUGGUGGUCUCACUGAAACCAACCGGGGUAUUCUAUUCAACAGAUGCUCCUCAGGAAAGUGGAGAUUUGACUGAACUAAUCGCAGCCCGGAGGACUUAAUAUGCUCCGAAUAGAAGAAUGGACCGCGGUGAUCUGUGAAGUGUUCACUUUGAAUCUCUGACCGGUCGCUACGUUCACAGAAGAGCGAAGAUUUCUUCAAUCAUCAGAAUUGUGAACGGAGUCUGGCGUGACGGACACAGAGCGGGGAUCUCCUUGGAAACAGCCCCCUGCCUCUCUCUCCUCCUCUCAGGGAUGCUCGUCUCUCACAUCUCCCACUAACACCCAGUGUGGUACUGGGAGCCUUCCAGUGACCAGAUGUUCUCCAGCAGCAGGAUGACGGUGAACCAGUCCAGCCUGCUGUACGGACCGCUGGAGGAGCUGCAGGAGCUGGCCUUCAUCGAGAGGCCGAUCCGCAGGAGUCUCAAGACCGCAGAGGAGAUUGAUCAGCUGACUGUGGAUGAAGACCUGAACGACAUUGAGAGAGCCGUCUACCUGCUCAGUGUGGGUCAGGAGGUGCAGAGAGCGAGCGUCAUCAGUAACCUGCCGAGCCUCGUCCGUCAGAAUCCAGCUGAGACAUUCCGUCGGGUCGUACCAAAGGUCCGGGAGGUCUUGAAUGGAGCUGGAGCAGAGAUCCAGCUGGCAGCGGCGGCGUCGUUCUUAACCAUCCUGCAGGAUGACAUCAUCCUGAUCCACACUCACACUUUCUCCAUCCUGAAGACCGUCCUGCUGCACCUCAACCACCGAGACACAGGUAACAUGUACAUGAACCACAGACACACAGGUAACAUACAAUGAACCACAG